CUCCCCCUGAGGGCCACAGGGUCCAGAAAGGGCACAGCCACCACCCAGAGCAGACCAGCCAGCUGAAUAGUGUUGGUGCACCGGGCGGCAAGCCCAGGAACAGAUGGGCCUGGCAAUGGAGCACGGGAGCCCCUACUCCAGGGCUGGGGGCAGCCAGCGUGACUGCUGGUAUUACCUGCGCUAUUUCUUCCUCUUCGUCUCGCUUAUCCAGUUCCUCAUCAUCCUGGGCCUUGUACUCUUCAUGGUCUACGGUAACGUGCACGUGAGCACCGAGUCCAACCUGCAGGCCACCGAGCGCCGAGCCGAGGGCCUGUACAACCAGGUCGUGGGGCUCGCGGCCAGCCAGGCCAACCUGUCCAAGGAGCUUAACAUCACUGCCCGGGCCAAGGACGCCAUCGUGCAGAUGCUGCAGAACGCCCGCCGCGACCUGGACCGGAUCAACGCCAGCUUCCGCCAGUGCCAGAUAGUCCACGCGAACAAUGAGAGGUACGCGGCUGCCAUCAUCCUGAAUGAGAAACAAUGCCAAGAACAAUUCAAGGAGACUAACAAGAGCUGCAACGCCUUGACCCUCAUGCUGACCGAGAAGACCAAGACGCUAGAGGUGGAGUUGGCCAAGGAGAAGGCGGUAUGCACCAAAGACAAGGAGAGUCUGGCGCUGAGCAAGCGGGUGAUGGAGGAGCAGCUGGCCGAGUGCAACAAGGCCCGGGAGCAGCAGCGGCAGGAGCGACGGCUGGCCGAGGAUCGGCUGCAGAAGGUGCAGUCCCUCUGCCUCUCUCUGGACAAGAACAAGCUUGAGACUGACAUGAUCCACCUCUGGAGGGAUUCCAUCAUCCCGCGCGUUCUGAAUAAACCGGGCUACGAUGUAUACCAUUCCUUCAGCCCGGAUAUAGACGCCGCCCGGAGAAGCUGUGACAACAUGCCUCUCCUCAUGAGCGCCAAGGUGGAGGAUCUGGCCCGGAACUUGCGGGCUGGCAUCGACGGUGUGGCCCGUGAGAACUCAGACCUCCAGCGCCAAAAGCAGGAGGUUGAGCAGAGCCUGAGGGCCAGUCAGGAGGCCAAGGAGAAGAUGGAGAAGGAGGCCCAGGCCCGGGAGGUCAAGCUCCAGGCCGAGUGUGCCCGGCAGACCCAGCUAUUGCUGGAAGAGAAGGCAGCACUGCGGAAAGAGCGAGACAACUUGGCCAAGGAGCUAGAGGAGAAGAAGCGGGAGGCCGAGUAUCUCAAGAACGAUCUAGCUGUCUGCCGCUCAAAUUUGGAUGAUUGCAGAAAGGCCAAGUUACAGCCGAUGCUUGUGCCAAGACCUUUUGGCCCUGCCCCCAACAUCCAACCCAUUGACACACGUGACCUGGAGGAAUUCAAGAAGAGGAUCCUAGAGUCCCAGCGGCUUACUGCAAGCAACUCAGUCCUAUCCAGUGGCUGAGGAGGCUCUGGGCCCCAAGGACUGAAGGGUGACCCUGACUUGCUGAUCUGCAGACCUGGUGCAGCGAGACGCCACAGGACGAGAAGCAGCCAGGGCGGCAGUCAGGCGAUAACCCACACGUGUACCACAGUGGGCACCCUCGGCCUGCGCCCCACGCCCCACCCAUCCCAUACCUCCUGAUACUCUCACAGCCCCACACCCGCACCACACAGUCCUCCACCCACAGCUGCCACAAUGACAUCCCAGAGACACAGAAACGAUGUCACACAGAAGCGGUGACAACAUGACACACACACUUCUGCCCAACCCUCGCCCAACGUCACACGCCUCUAUGCACAGGCCAAGGCACCCACAGCACCCCCUCACACCCCUGUGCCCUCAUCUGCACACCUGUGCUGCCACCCCCUCCUCCUCUGAGUCCCUUAUCUCCGGGUGCUUCCUCACCGCCAGUGCUAAUGGCCUGGGAGAUGAGAACAGAAAGAUAUUCAACUCUGUCCCUGGGAGUUUGCAGGCCACCUCUGUGUCAGGGAGCAUCUGGCCCCAGGGUGAGUGUAGCCCACCGGCCCCUCAUAGCCAGUGAAGGCACUGAUUCUUCACUCCCUCUCUCCAGACCCAGCCCUGCCUGUGAUCCCUGUAAACGUUAGGCACUAAAUAAAUGUUAUCGAUCCUUUCAAAGACA